AUGGAGGAACCUGUUUCUAAUGAGGCUCAAAUGCAUGGGAAUGAUGAUUCUCUACCUUGUAGUGAUGCCGUUGUACCUCCUACAGCAGCAUCACAAAAUCCAACACCAUCACCAUUAGAACCUAGUACCGGGGAAAAGGAAACCUUGUAA